AUGGUCUUCUACGCCUACGCCAGCUCAGGGGGCUUCGCUGUCUGGCUCAUUACGGCCAAGGACAAGGACACCUUGGAUGCCUGGUUCCGUGCCAUGGAGACCUCACAGUUCGGAAACAUCGCGCGAGUCAGCGCUGAAUGGUACCGGUACCAAAACUUCCGCAUCGAGCAUUCGACCACCGACCAUCACCUCGCUCAGAGAUUUGACGGACUGAUCCUCUUCAAACCCUUGUAUGGCUACAACGAUUCGUGGCACAUGAUAAAUAAUGGGCCUUUUGUGGAUUGCUUGCAAUACAACUGGUACUACAUCCGCUCGAAGAAAUACAAAUCUCUCUAUUGGGACGUCCAACGCAGGACAGAGACUGAAUCCCUUCAAGUCUACGCCAGCACUAAGUCCCGCGCUCGGUUCCAAGCCCUGAAAAGACUCUGGCCGAAUUACGCGCCCACUCCUUCAGAUCACCUCAUUCUCGGCGACGAUCUUAUGUAUCUCCAGCAUGGCUCCGGGUUUGUGUCGUUCAUCCGGAGCGCCAACGGACCCUUCAUAUUGACCAUAUCCGGUAUUCAGCAUCAUUUCAGCAUCAGCCAGCUCUGUAACAGUUUUGCUCCGCAGUUAGACGAUCGCAUUGCUUUUUUGCCGGGUUGUGGCGCUGAAUGGGAGCUUGUGUAUUAG